GUCUUAAGAAUGUUGUGGUGCGGGAAAUCUGGUUUUGUUGAUUAUAUAUUUGUUUUGGACGAGAAUUCUGUUAUGUUUUAAUCUUUGUUUAGCUUUCUAUUUUCAGUCAUCAGCAUUGCUUACCCUAGCUUCUGCACUGUUCUCAUAUCCUGUGUUUUCUUUCACUUUGAUUACUAAGAAAAUCUAGGAGAUGAUGUGGAUGGAAGAUGUGACCAAAGCCUGGAAGAGUUAUCAAAUAAGACCCGCAAGCACGAGCAUCUAAUAGUCCUGUCAAAGAAAGCACUAAAGAUACUAGCUCAAAGACAGAUGAUAAGGUAUUUACUGAAACAAGGGGAAAAGGAGAUCAAAAGGGUUUUGAUUUUCCCCUAAUUCGGGUUAUGUUCAGAGUUCAGUGCAUCUUUGGAAAUCUGGCGGGCUGUAUUGUUUCAUAUGCAUGGGACUUUUUCUACUGUUGUUUUCGCAGAAGAUACCAAGAAACAAGGUCUGUCCAUGUGGAUCUAAAAAGAAGUACAAGUCUUGUUGUGGAGUGGCUAAGGGGAGAUCCUCUUCUAUGAUAAUGCGGUAUGCUCUUUGGCUUAGCUAACAAUGUGUCUGAAGUUGGGAUCUUAGAUGGUUUGGUCCUUCGGAAAAUGUUGCUUACUUUCUAAAUGGAGUAUAUUUUCUCGGUCUCUGAACUAAUUAUACUUGGCAGGAACCAAGCAAUUGAAACUGGUUGUGGAAGGGUUAGAAAGGACAAGAAACAAAACAAGAAAGGAGGACAUGCUGAAUCUCUGCCUUCAUGUGGAUCUGAAAAUGGACCACUUGACAUGGGCGCCCUUUGUAUAUAAACUCGAGUUUCAUGUGAGUAAAUUAACCCAUUCCUGCUGCUCUUCCAAUAUAAUGACAAUUUUGGCUUAAGGCCUCAAAGAAGUUUGCUUCUCACUCGAUUAAGCUUGACAUAUGAAAUGUGAGCAUAGAUGCGAUAAAUUGCAGGAACUUUUAAUUUACUCUUUGAACUGUUGAUAGAGGAUCUAAUUCCAUGUCAGAUUGAUAGGUCUAUUGGGUUUGUUGCUUUGCAUUCUUAGGGGUCAGAACCUCGACCUUAAAUUCAGCAGCAAUCAUUCAGCCACAGAUGCAAGAUCCCUUAUACACCGGCAGUCACACUUGGAGAAGUAACAAAAACAUGGUAAGAAAGAUUGGAAAAGGAGGGUGCUUCGAAGAAAAUGUUGGCCGUCGAAUCUCUCUCUUCUUGCAAAGGUAUGCUGUGCUGUGCCGUGCCUAAGGACUUCGAUUUAUGCUGUGCAGUGUGUAACCAUGUUCAUAGGGUCAGAACUGGUGAGUAAUUAGUUGAAUGAAGGCAUGGAUCACCUUGAGCUCGGGAAGUAUUAGAAGCACUGGCAUGUAUCCAAAACACCAAUGGACAAUUUUAUUACGGUUGAGGUUUUGUAGUAUAUCAAAUGAGUCGCUCUGUAUUAUUUUUGUAAUGUGGUUAGGCUCUCACUUAUAUCUGUCUAAAUGAUGAGCUUCAUGCAAUUGUCAGCAGUUAGUGAAUGAUAAUUCUGCUGGGAUCCAUUUGAAGUUGAAAUUUCUGAUCAGUGGAGUGAUUUUGUGAUCCAAGGGGCCGGUUCGACCCGACUUGUUUUGAGCCGGAAUUUUCCUCCGCACAAGCCGCAUGAGGCUGGGCAUAGGUUCUCCGUUUGCCUCUCCCAAUUCUCAUUCUAAUUCUGUCUAAGGUAUCGUUUGCUUGUGGGAUUUGGGUGAUGGAUUUGGUACCCAAAUCCCAAGCAUAAUGGAAUUGGCACAAGUCCAUUGUUUGCUAAGGGACACAAAUCCGUGGGGCCCACGGAUUUGGACCCAUUUUUUAGAUCCAAAUCCGUGGACCCCACGGAUUUGCAAAUCCCACAUUUCAUUUGGGAUUUGAUAAUGGAAGGCAAAAUGUGAACAAAUCCAUCAUGAAUCUAUUACAAAAAUAAACUACACAAACAAUGUACUCUUCCAAAUCCAUAAUGCAACAAAUCCAUCAUAAAUCCAAAGGUUUUGAAAACUCAAAACCCUCAUUUUCAAAUCCAACAAGCAAACGAGCCCUAAAUUUACUCAGUUUGCUUUUAACCGAUUGUAUUUUCAGACUUAAAUAGUAAAUACCACACUCUAGGGUUAUUUGGAUAAGCAAUUGGAUCAAGUUGGGGGAUCAAGAAGGAUAGUUACUAGAAGAUCGAUUUGAUUUGUCCGUUAAACAAAACUAAAUGGAGGGGAAGACUUCAUGAAGUCGUCAUAAAAGAACUAGACGAGUCAAGUAGAGAAAUUUUAGCCCAAGCUUCCACAUAAACCCAUAAUGGCCUUGUGAUGGUGCCAGCUAUAGCUAUUAAGACAUAAUGCGACCCUAUCAACCUGCCCGAUGGAGUCCACCCACAACCCGCCUGCAACUCGAGUUUACUAAAGUCAAUGACUUGUAACCCACCCAACCUGUAACUCGAUUAGUCCGCAAUCCGAUUGGCUUUUAACCGAAUCAACCUGAUUGAACCAGUAAUGCGACUAACCCAUAACCCGAUUGACCCACGAUCCGACUAACUUGUAACCCAAUUGGCCCAAUCCUAACCCACCUUAUUGAUCCGCGUAGUUACUAUACUAUAUAAUAUGUGGUCUUCCAAAAUGAAGUUUUGGUUCGAAACCUAGGUGAAGCAAUUUUUUCAUUUCCAAAAGUUUAGCUUAAAAUAUGAAAUUCAUCUUCGAUUAACAAGCUUCAAGAAACACUCAUCUCGAGUUGGGAGAGGGAAAUAAACGAAGAUUGCAUCUUCGAUUUUGGAGAAGAAGCACCCUCUGUAGCAUCUUCCACAUUAGAGCCACGAUGAGAGAGGAGCAACGAAUGGUAAUCCCACCUACUCUUUAUGAGUAUUCAAGACCAAGAGCUUUGAAUAUUACUUUGAACAUUGUUGGGCCACCAACAACCAUGAAGAUCCACACAUCAUUGUUGCAUAUGGUGAAACAAGCUGGAAGAUUCGCAGGAAGGAGUGAUGACCAUCCGGGGCAGCCUCUAAAGGCAUUCCUAGAUAUUGUAGAUUUCAAUCCUGGAGAUGAAGCCACCAAAGGUGCCAUUUAAUUAAGAGUGGUCCCUUUCUCACUAAUGGGUAAGGCGAAGAACUAGCUAGACUAUAAUCCGCCCAACCCCUUCACCAACUAGGAAACCCUGUUCCAUGCAUUCAUCGAGGAGUUCUUUUCACCUUGGUGUACAAAGAAGUUUAAAGACGAUAUCACUAAAUUCCAAGAGCAUUUAAAGGUGUGCCCCCAACAUCAAUUCGUCCCAGAGCAAGUAGCAAAAUACUUUGCUAAAGACCUAUUUGUAAGAAUGUGAACUCGUUUAUCUUUAUAUCUAUUGAUGCUAUGAUUUCAUAUGAUGCUUGUGUUUAUGCUUAUGGAUGUCGAUGCCCAUCAUGUGUGUAUGGAUGCUUUUAGUUUCGAUAAGUUUAUCUAGUUUAAUACUUUCUUUUAUCAUCGAUGCUUGUGAUUCUACAAUAUAUUAUUAUAUUCAUUGUGCUUAGUAUCACCCAAUACAGUCAAAAUCGCGCUUUAAAACUUAUAGUUUUACGCUUUUAGGUCACCAAAACGCUUUCGUUUCCAUUUAAAUCUUUACUGUAUAAAAUCGGGCUAAAUUGCGUUUUAGAACUUAAAAACUUACGCUUUUAUACUUCUAGUUCACCAAAACGCUUUACGCUUUUAGUUCACUAAAUGCGUAUUCUUUUCAUGAAAUUAAUUAUAAAAAGGCUUAAUUGCAAGUUUGGUCACUCGAAUUGCUAUAAAAUUUCAUUUUUGCCACUCAAAUUGAUUUAUUCCAUUUAUAGUCACUUAAAUUAGUGAACAGUCCAAGUUCGGUCACUCUCCGUUAACCUCCGUUAGACUCUGUUAAUGACGACCGUUAAGUGAUGAUGUGGCUAACAUAAAAUCACAGUGAGCAUAUUUUAACACUAAAAACGAUGACCCGACUCGCCACGUCAUAUUUACCCACCAUGUCAGCCCUACUUGCCCAACCCACGAACCAACCCAAUAAUUAACCCAACCCCAAACCCGAGACCCGACCCCCCUGAAAAGUAAAUUGAAACAGGAAAGUGUAGGGCACUUUCUCUUCCUCCAUCGUCAUUUCAUCCUCCCGCGUCUCUCCUCACCCAACUGUUCGCCGCCGCCGCCCCUCCUUCUUCGACGAUUUGAUUUUCGAACAGUUGGGUGAGGAGAGACGCGGGAGGAUGAGAGGACGAUGGAGGAAGGGAAAGUGUCCUACCCUUUCCUGUUUCGAUUUACUUUUCAGGGGGGUCAGGUCUCGGGGUUGGGUUGGGUCAAUUAUUGGGUUGGUUCGCGGGUUGGGCAAGUAGGGCUGACAUGGCAUGUAAAUAUGACGUGGCGGGUCAUGUCAUCGUUUUUUAGUGUUAAAAUAUGCUGAUUGUGAUUUUCUUUAGCCACGUCAUCACUUAACGGUCGUCAUUAACGAAGUCUAACGGAGGUUAACAGAGAGUGACCGAACUUGGACUGUUCAACUAAUUUAAGUGACUAUAAAUGAAAUAAAUCAAUUUGA